AUGGGUGCCCUUGCCUUUUUUCGCCGUUGCUUUAGCCGUGGACCUUACACGUCUGAAAAGCGUUUACGCGUUCUUAUUUCAGAUGAGGAGGAUAUAUAUUUUAAUUUGGCGCUUGAGAACACUCUUCUCAAGUCGUUUGGCAUGGUGAAGGACAAGGACGCCGCCCCUGACUUACCUUUGCUCUUUUUAUGGCGCAACACACCGUGUGUUAUUGUGGGAUGCAAUCAAAACAUCUGGUCUGAGUGUAACCUGGAGCGUGUGAAACGUGACGGUGUCAAAAUCGUUCGGAGGUUUACUGGAGGUGGAGCUGUAUACCAAGACCUAGGGAAUACAUGUUUUACAUUUAUUUCCCCUGUCUCGGAUUAUAACUUCGAGAGGAACUCCAAUUUGAUAUGCGCUGCUGUGGGCAAAUUAAUUGGUCAACUGUGUGAGCCUAGUGGAAGGAAUGACCUCUGUGUCAAUGGCCUGAAGUUCUCCGGCGCCGCCUUCAAGGUAUUGCCCAAUGCAGCUCUUCACCACGGUACCCUUCUCCUGGAUGUGAACCAAGGUUCACUUGAUAAAUACCUUACGCCAGAUAAAUCCAAGUUGGAGAAGCACAAUGUUAAGAGCGUUGGUGCUCGCGUCACAAACCUCUCCGCGUUCAACCCCGACAUAUCGCAUGAAAUCGUAUGCAAUGCGAUAAUUGAAGAAGUGUCAGCGUUUUACGGUGAAGUGAUGUCGGAUGUCGAGCAUCUUAAUGCUUCUUCUCCGUGCUGCUCCAGUGAUGGGUUCAAGCAGCUUUACAACAAGCUCACGGACGAGAAGUGGAUAUAUGGUGAACUUGCAUCUGGUUUUAAGUCUCUAAAGAAGAGGUUUGAUUUCGGCUCUGUCGAGAUCUGCUUUGAUAUUAGGGACGGAGUGGUGGCAAAGGUCCUUAUAUUUUCUGACUGCAUGAACGGUGAUUUCAUUGCUUGGGUCGAAAAUAGGCUCAACCAAGCCCCGCUGAAGUUCCGAGCCGCCGAAUUUAGCCGUGCUUUGGAACGGCUUGAAUACGACGGGGCAGAUUUUAUGCUUGCAGCUAUUAAGGAGUGGUUGGUCGGAACAUUGUUAGAGGAGGAGAAAUCUGCUGAAAAUUCAUAA